UAUUGUGAUGGAAGUGUAAAAGGUUGACUGAAAAUCACUUCCCUGGCCAAUGAAAGACCUCACCGGAGCGUGUUACUGUUGUAUGAUUGCUACUCCUCAACUUCCAUCACGUUCUUCGCAUCAUCGCUCUCUUCAUCUUCAACCUCCAUCCAUCGAUUAAUUCAUGGUCCCCUGCGACUCCAGCUUCGUGCUCCGACCACCACCCAAUCUCCUUCACAACCCGACCCGGUCAACACUCUUCACCUGCUUCGAUCAUCGUCGACGGCCCGCUCAGCCUCUCCCUUCGUUCAGAAUAUGCCGCCGCGAUUGCUUCUUCCCGAACCCCCGCCUCAAUCGCGGCGGCGAAGUCCUGUUUGACUCCGCCGUGGCCAGCUCCAUUCCGCCGCACCUUGUUAUUAUGGUUAAUGGUAUCAUUGGCAGUGCUGCUGAUUGGAGAUAUGCUGCACAGGAGUUUGUGAAGAAGCUUCCAGAUGAAGUUAUUGUGCACCGCAGUGAAUGCAAUUCCUCAAGAUUGACUUUUGAUGGUGUUGAUACAAUGGGUGAGAGGCUAGCUGAAGAGGUUCUUUCUGUUGUUAGACGUUGGCCAGAGGUGCAGAAGAUAUCCUUUGUGGCACAUUCUCUGGGAGGCUUGGUGGCAAGAUAUGCAAUUGGGAGACUUUAUAAUUAUUCUUCAAAAUUGAAACCUGUAGAUACCAGCAGAAACUGCAUCAGUGAAGAGAAUACAGAAUAUUCAAAACAUCUUCAACAGAGUUAUGGAGCUAAUAUUGCUGGUUUAGAGCCAAUGAACUUUAUAACAUUUGCGACACCACAUCUUGGCUCAAGAGGAAAUAAACAGCUUCCAUUUCUUUGUGGUCUUCCUUUCCUUGAGAGUAGAGCAUCCAAAACGGCACAUUUAAUUGCAGGGAGAUCUGGGAAGCAUCUCUUCCUCAUGGAUAAUGAUGAUGGAAAGCCGCCUCUACUCCUGCAAAUGGUUGAUGACUCGGACGAUUUAAAAUUUAUGUCAGCUUUACGUGCAUUUAAGCGUCGGGUGGCAUAUGCAAAUGCAAAUUAUGAUCAUAUGGUUGGGUGGCGUACCUCAUCAAUUCGUCGUCAACAUGAACUUCCGAAGUCCAAUCUUCCUGUAAUUGAUGAGAAAUACCCACACAUUGUUUGUAUUGAAGGGGAGAAUGAUGAUGACAUUGGCAAUAAAGCAUCUAUUUACGGAGGCCAAACAAUUGACUUAGAAGAGGAGAUGAUAAGGGGGCUUACUCAGGUACCUUGGGAGCGUGUGGAUGUUAGCUUUCAUAAAAGUACACAGCGCUACAUUGCUCAUAGUACAAUUCAGUGUUAUCAAAUAGCGGACGCCGCUAUAGCGUAGCGGAUUUUUGGCUAAUCGCGACGCCGCUAUUGCCCACUAUAGCGCGCUAUUUGCCGCUAAAUUGCGGCCGAAGUAGCGAAGUUUUGGCUCACCGCGAUGGUCCGCGAUCGCGAUUUGACAUCACUGCUCUCAUUUCAAACUUCUUAAAAGACAUUGGCCACAGCUGCAGUUUGACAUUCCUUUGUUACUUUUUUUUGUGUUGCUUUGUCUUGUUUACAGGUGAAAUCCUACUGGAUGAAUUCAGAUGGCGCUGAUGUGGUUUACCAUAUGAUAGAUAACUUCCAUCUUUAGCCUUUUUUGCUAAGUUUGGUGUAAAAAAAAUCAAUGUUGUGAGCUAUGGUAGUUUCUUCUAAACUUUCUUCUACUGAAUGUCUUGCUUUGUAUCGGAUGAAGAUGAUCUGUUGUACAAUAUAUGUGGCAUGGAAGGUUGAUAGGUCCAUUGGAAAGUACCUAUUUUGUA